AUGUCGUCCAACGCGCCCAUCGCGGGCCAGAACGGCACCGCCACGACAAACGGCAUCAGCAGCAGCACGCCUCGUACAAAGAUUUGUGUCUUUUGCGGCUCCAGCAGCGGAACCAGCCCAGCACACAUGGAAGCCGCCCAGCAACUAGGCAGAGUCAUGGCCGAGAACAACAUUGACUUGGUAUAUGGCGGUGGCACUGUCGGUCUCAUGGGCGAAGUUGCCAAAACAGUCUGCGCCAUCAACGGACCCGACUCGGUUCACGGCAUCAUCCCCGAGGCCCUGGUCAGAUAUGAGCGAGAUGGCACCUACCAGACAGUCAACGUCAAUAACCAGGUUGUCCCCACCGAAUCCGUGUAUGGCCGCACCACGGUGGUCAAGGACAUGCACACCCGCAAGAAGCUCAUGGCCGAGCAAGUCUUCAACGGCGGGCCCGGUAGCGGCUUUAUUGGCCUGAGCGGUGGCUACGGCACCAUGGAAGAGGUUUUCGAGGUCAUCACCUGGAACCAGCUGGGCAUCCACACAAAGGGCAUUUGCCUACUCAACAUUGAGGGAUACUGGGACGGCAUUGUACAGUGGCUGGGCAAGGCAUCAGAGCAGGGCUUCGUCAAGCCUGGUAAUGAGAAUAUCGUCGUUGCGGCUACCGAUGCCGAGAGUGCCGUCAAAGCACUGAGCGACUACAAGGUUUCCGGGGCUACUUUCAAGCUUCAGUGGGGCAAACAAUAG